AUGGGGAAUUGCCAAUGUUAAUCAGCUGACAUCUAAAAGACAGAGGAAAUGUAGCCUCUUGAAUUCAAAUAAGAGAACUUUAAAAGUUCUGAGGAUCAACAAUUGUAAUUUUGCCAGGCUCAACAAAUAUUAUAAUAAGAGUCAAUAAAGUCCAAUAAUGAAACAUCUGAUGAUACUCAUCGACCUAAUCCAUAAGUAGUGUGGUAAACACAGACAUAGUUCACUACUUAUAAUCUAAUAGUUCAGGUAAUCUUGUCUAAAAAUACUAUCUAAGAAAGUUAUGGAUGAAUUGGGCACAUAUGAAAUAGAUGAUGAGGAUGGCUAUUUUUAUGGAGUCUAUGAAUAAAAAGAUGGUUCACUAUAUAGAGGUGGUUGGCAUCAAGGCCAAAAAUUUGGAUAUGGUACUUCAACAAAAUUCCUAUCUCUUUAGGAUGCUUAAUCUAUCAAGAUGGGUCAAUAUUUUAAGGGCGAUGGAGAAAGGAUAAGGCUAAUGGUAAAGGACGAAUGAUAUAUACUGAUGGAGACUGGUAUGAAGGUGAUUGGGUUGAUGAUUUAAGUUAUAUUACUGUUAUUUUUUAGAGCAUGGCAAUGGAAAAUAUGUACAUUGUGAUGGAACCAUUUAUUAAGGAGAAUGGAAAAAUGAUUUUUAGGAUGGUUAUGGAUAAGAAUAAUUUAUUGAUGGAUCUAAAUAUAAGGGAUAAUUUAAAAAUGGAAAAAAGAAUGGAUUUGGCCAUUUUAUUUGGGUUGAUGGAUAAAGUUAUGAAGGAAAUUUUGAAUCUAAUUAUUUUUGUGGUUAUGGGUAUUAAUUUCACUAUUAUUAAUUAGAAAAUAUGUAUGGACUGAUGGUAGAUAAUAUGAAGGUUAAUGGUUAAAUGGAAGUAUGGAUGGAAAUGGCAUAAUGAAAUGGCCAGAUGGAAGAAAAUAUUAAGGAUAAUACUUUAAUGAUAAAAAACAUGGAUAAGGAGUUUUAGAAUGGCGUAAUUUGUGUAUAUUUAAUGUAAGGUAGCUGAUGGUAGGAAAUAUUCAGGAUAAUGGGAAUUGGGAAAAUAACAUGGUAUUGGAGAAUAUUUUAAUGGUUAAAUUAAUAAAAAAGGUUAAUGGAAUUAUGGAAAGCGACUUAAAUGGUUAGAUUGA